AUGGCACUGAGUGUCAGCGUUAAAAGAGUCACCCAACUGCCAGGGACAGGGGAGAGGCAGGUGCAACUCAGCUUCCGAGGUUUUACUCAGAAGACAAAGAAGAUACACUGUGGUCAGGAAGCUGUCUUUGGAGAGCUCUUUCGCUGGCCACAUUAUAGAAAGCUCAUAAUGGAAGAGAUGCUGUUAGUUAAAGUUUACAACUGCAGUAAAGUGUUCAGCAACAGACUACUUGGUACAUUAGUCAUCAGCCUUCAGCACUUGGUAACAUCUGGAAGACUUAACAUCAAAGAGGCUCUUGUUGACAAAAACCACAGAAUCACUGGUAUAUACAUUGAAUUAGAUCUACGAUACCAACCCCCUGAUGGUUCAGCAGGAACAUGGGCUGAAGAAGAUUUUGUCUAUCAGAUGAAAGACAGUUCAGAGGUUAUUAUCCGCAAUCCUGGAUUUGAGGAACUGGAGCUUGAAGAUGUUAAACGAGCAGCUGAUCUGGACAGGAAGGCUGCAGCACUUGGCAGGAAACUUGUAAAAGGCUUGGAAACUGAUGAUGAUGAUGACUAUUAUGAUGUGUCUGACAUGGAGUUCUCAGGCAUUGUCUUUAGCCCUGUGAAGAGCCGUUCUAGAGUCUUCUCCAAAUGGGACCUGUCUACUACUCCUAGGCCACAAAACUUCCAGAUUGGCAUCAAUAUAAUUGAAGCCCAGAAACUGGUGGGAGUGAACAUUGACCCUUUUGUGGUUGUGAGAAUCGGAGAUGAGAAGAGACACACUGCAACACAGAAGUCAACGAACUGCCCAUUUUACAAUGAAUAUUUUACGUUUGAAUUCCAUGAACCAAGAGAAGUUUUAUUUCACAGACUCAUUGAAAUUUCUGUCUUUCAUUCAAAGAAGAUUCGAUUCCUAGGUGCGCUCAUAGGGACAUUCAAGAUUGAUCUAGAGACCGUUUACAGCCAGCCAGAUCACAGAUUCUACCAGAAGUGGGCUGUUGUUAAUGAUCCAAAGGACACCAGAGCAGGAACUAAAGGAUAUGUGAAGUGCAACAUUUCUGUAAUGGCACGGGGUGAUGUAAUGGGUUCUAUUCCUACUGCCUCCACCAGCCAGCAUGAUGAUAUUGAAAAGAAUUUGCUGCUGCCUAAAAGAAUCCCAGCUGAGCGGCCUUGGGCCAAAGUUUGCAUCAAAAUUUACAAGGCAGAUGGUUUGCCCAGCAUGAGUGCAGGAAUCAUGGGUGGUUUUUCAAAGAUUGUGAGCGAGAAGAAAGUUUUCAUCGAUCCAUAUGUGCAAGUUAUGUUUUCUGGACAACAGGGAGAAACAUCAGUUGAAAGCAAUACCACAGAGCCAGUAUGGAAUGAACAAAUCAUCUUCAUUGAGAUGUUUCCACCUCUUGUUAGAAAAAUAAAAGUCCAAGUGCUGGAUGAUGCAAACAUUGGGGAUGUUGCCCUUGCCACACAUUUCAUUGAUCUUAAGCAGAUAUCUGACCCUGGGAGAAAUGGCUUUAAUCCUACUUUUGGUCCAUCUUGGGUGAACUUGUAUGGUUCACCUCGGAACUCAGCUCUGCGAGACAUCCACAAAGAUCUCAAUGAAGGUCUGGGGGAAGGCAUAUUCUACCGUGGGCGCCUUCUCAUGGCCAUUUCUGUGGAGAUCUUCAGCGCUAUCCAAGCAGCAGAAAAAAAGCCUGUGGAGGUUCUCAAAGGUGCUCUAAGUAAGCUCAAGUUGAAGAAGAAGAGUAAAAAGGCCAAGGAAAAAACCAAAGUCUCUUUCAAAGAGCAGAAGCAAAGCCAGAUUGAGGCUGGUGUCCCUGAGGAGGCAGAGCAGCCGAGUGAGGUGACGGUGGAGGUAGAGGAACUCCAUCCUCUCCCCGAGAAUGCACUGGGGGUUAAAGAAGAAUUCCUCCUUUUUGCCUCCUUCUUUGAGGUGACUAUGAUGGAUCCAGCCAUAGGUACCAAGCCUGUGAAAUUUGAGAUCUCUAUAGGUAACUAUGGCAAAGCUGAAGAAGUUUUGACCAAGACUUCUAAGAAAGGCGAAAAGGAAGAAAGGAGUGAAGAGAAGCAGCCUUUGCUCGAACCCAGUUCUGAAGAUGAACUGGAUGUUGAAGUCAUAUCUCCAAGCACAACUUUGCUUGAUAAGUCUGUGACUGCAAACCAAAGGCCUGAGGCCACAGAAUAUGACAGCUCUUACAGCUGCCUGCCCAUGCUGCAUGAUAAACCUUGCGUGUAUGUCUGGAGCUACUGGGAAGACUAUACCUGGAGACUCUGCAAUUCCAACUGGAUUGUCAAAAUAGCAGAGCGUUUGGAACAUGGGCUGGAAGAUGUAGAGAAGCUCUUGAGGAGACCCAAGUCCAAAGCAGAUGAGAGGCUUCGGCAGGUCCUGGAGGAGUUUGUGGCCGGAUGUAGGCAAUAUUCACUUAAUGCAGACAAAAAGCCAAUGGCCCGUCCAAAUAAUCUUGAUCGAUGUCGGAUGAAGUCACUUCCACAAAAUAUUAUACUAUAUGCAAAGCGGGGGCUACGCAUAAGGAGGAGACUGACUCGCACCAACGUCAAGGAGAAAGUAAAGGAGACAAAGAUAAUCCUAUCAAAGAUCCGCUUUCUAGCUAAAGAGCCUCAGUGUUCUAUCCCAGAUGUUUUGAUCUGGAUGUUUAGCAACAACAAGCGGGUAGCAUAUACAAGAAUCCCUGCCCAGAAUGUCCUCUACUCGGUGGUAGAAGAGGAGAAAGGCAAGGAUUGUGCCAAGAUCCAAACUGUCUUUUUAAAGGUUCCAGGGUCUCGCACUGGAGAGAUCUUUGCGAAACUAGAAAUCUACAUGUGGCUUGGGGUAACUAAAUAUGUGAAGAAUAGCACUGCAGAGCUACCUGAGGAAUUCAAACCCAUUUAUGAAAAGGCCCAGCCUUAUACAAGUAUUCCAGCAUACAUCCCACCGAGUCAGCUCAACAGAGAUGACUUCAGUUACUUUCAGUUGCGAGCCCAUUUGUAUCAGGCCCGAGGGAUUCUCCCAGCUGAUGAAAAUGGGCUUUCUGAUCCAUUUGCAAGAGUGGUGUUUUCGACUCAGUGCCAGACUACAAGCAUCUUGGAGGAGACAUUAAGCCCAAUGUGGAAUGAAUUGCUUCUAUUUGACCAGCUUAUUAUUGAUGGAAAGAAAGAGGACUUGAAGACAGAGACUCCAAUUGCUGUUAUCAAUAUAUUUGACCACAAUAAAUUUGGCUCCCCAGAAUUCCUUGGCCGAGCUUUUGCUGCUCCCCUGGUAAAGUUGGUAGAUGAGCCCUACAGCAAACCUGCUCUCCAGUUUUUUGAUAUUUAUAAAGGACAUCGAGCAGCUGGGGAAUUAAUUGCUGUCUUUGAACUGAUUGAACUGGAUUAUAGUGGCUACUUGGAGCCAUCAGUGCCUCAUGAUGUUGAGCCCAAGGAGCCAGAAUACCUCGGGGAUCCUCGUUCUGGGCGAUUCAUUAUUCCCGAGGGAGUCCGACCAAUUCUUAAGGAGUUUCGCAUAGAGAUCUUGUUUUGGGGCUUGAGAGACUUGAAGCGUGUGAACUUGUUUGAAGUUGACCAGCCACAGGUGAUCAUUGAAUGUGCUGGAAAGAAAGUGGAAUCAGAAGUGAUAACAUCAUUCAAAGAGAACCCAAAUUUUACUGAACUUGUCAAAUUUGUCGAUGUGGAGCUCCCAGAGCAGGUAUAUUUGCACCCACCCCUCAGUAUUUUUGUUGUGGAGAAGAGGGCUUUUGGACGCAUGGUUAUGGUGGGAACCCACAUAGUUUCACAUAUUAUGAAAUUUGCUCCUAAAGAGCCAGAUGAGUUUGAAGAGGAGACAGACAACCCACCCAAAAUGCGGAAAGCCUCAGCUCGACCGAACGUCUCUCAAACAAUGCUGAACCUUGGUGCAGCAGCUGGGCAGACAGUAAUAAAUAUCGGUGCAGCUGCUGGUGACCUAGGUAGCAGAGCAAACCCCCUUAAGCUUGUAAAAGCACCUCUGAAAAAAAUUCCUAUUGAUAAACUUGUACCAACAAAGGAAGAAUUUGAAGAGGAAAAGCCUGAAAAGGAAGAACUGGAUUGGUGGUCUAAAUACUAUGAGUCAUUAAAGGAAAUGAAUAAUCAGUCCCCUAGUGAUGAAGAGGAUGGUGACAAUGAUGAUCCCAAUGAUCCAGAUGGAGGGAAUCUGAAUGUUGCUUCUCUGGACGUGGAUGUAGAUGAUGAAGUGAUAGUUGAAGUGGAGCCCGUUCGUCCCAAAAGGAAACUUAUAGCCACAUUAAAAAUUUACAAUUCAGAGCUGGAAAACGAAUUUGACAAUUUUGAGGACUGGCUAUAUAUUUUCCCACUUCAUCGUGGGAAAGCAAAUGAGGAUGAAGAUGGAAAUGAGGAAGAUAAGUUUGUGGGGAAAUAUAAGGGUUCAUUCUAUAUUUAUCGGGCUGAAGAGGCAGGUGCAGAACACAAAAUCUCCCAAGGCAUCCCCAGAAACAGACCUAUUAAGGUCCUUGUCCGAAUUUACAUAGUUAAAGCAACUAACCUGACACCAGCAGAUCCCAAUGGCAAGGCAGAUCCUUACCUCGUGAUUACAAUUGGGCAACAACAGAAGGACACCAAGGAGAGAUACAUCCCAAAGCAACUCAAUCCAGUCUUUGGAGAAGUGCUGGAGCUAACCAUAUCCUUUCCCGUGGAAUCAGAACUCACUGUAUCAAUAUUUGAUCAUGAUUUGGUGGGAUCUGAUGACUUAAUUGGAGAGACAAAGAUUGACUUGGAAAACCGAUUCUACAGUAAACACAGAGCCAACUGUGGGGUGGCCUCACAAUACGACACAGAGGGCUACAAUGAGUGGCGAGAUGCUUUCAAGCCCACACAGAUCCUGGACAGUUUGUGCAAGAAGAGUGCACUCCCCUCGGCUGAGUACAGGAAGGAGGAAGUAAAAGUGAACAAUAAGAUUUUUAAGAUCCCACCAGAAGCUUUCCCUGAAGAAGCUUUUGUAAAAGACAAGAAAGAAAAUGAAGAUGAGACAUGGGCUGCUUAUGAUGAGCACAAAGCUUUGUAUGUUCUUCAGCACUGGGAUGAAAUGCCAGAAUUUGGGUACAAAUUAGUUCCAGAACAUGUGGAAGUUCGAUCUCUUUACAAUCCAGACAGCCCUGGUCUCCUGCAGGGCUCUCUCCACAUGUGGAUCGACAUGUUUCCAAAUGAUGUCCCUGCCCCAUCCCCUGUCAACAUCAAACCACGACUGCCAAUCAGUUAUGAGCUACGUGUCAUUAUCUGGAAUACUGAUGAUGUGAUCCUUGAUGAUGUCAAUCCAAUAACAGGAGAAACCUCCAGUGACAUCUAUGUAAAAAGUUGGAUCAAAGGGCUGGAGAAAGACAAGCAAGAAACAGAUGUUCACUUUAACUCUCUGACUGGGGAAGGCAACUUCAAUUGGAGGUUUGUGUUCCGCUUUGAUUACCUGCCGACAGAGAAAGAGAUCACUUACAAGAAGAAAGACUCCAUCUUCUCUCUGGAGGAAUCCGAAUUCCGGGAGCCAGCAGUCCUAGUACUUCAGGUCUGGGACUAUGACAGGAUUUCAGCAAAUGACUUUUUAGGGGCCAUUGAAUUAAAGCUGAAUGAUAUGGUAAGAGCGGCCAAGAGUUCAGAGCAGUGCACGAUCAAGAUGGCCAAGGAAAAGGCCAUGCCCCGAUUCUCCAUCUUCCGAAACAAGCGAAUGAGAGGCUGGUGGCCCUUCAUCAAACUGAAAGGACAGGAAGAUAUUGAAAGGGAAGAGAGAGAAGCUAAGCAGAAGAAAAAGAAGAAGAAGAAGAAGAAGUGGAGGAGAUCAGUAAAUCCAGAAGAUGUUGAGUUUUCAGAUCCUAGUGGAAAUGUCUUCAUCCUAACAGGGAAAGUGGAAGCUGAAUUCCAGCUAUUGACUGUGGAGGAGGCUGAGAAGAGCCCUGUUGGUCUGGGGCGCAAAGAGCCUGAACCCCUGGACAAACCCAACCGUCCAAAAACAUCCUUCAAUUGGUUUGUGAACCCCAUGAAAACAUUCAUCUUCUUCAUUUGGAAGCGGUACAAGAAGUACAUAAUUGCAUUGCUAAUUAUUGCUAUUCUGACCAUAUUUUUGGUUCUAAUUCUCUACACAAUGCCUGGAUACAUCAGUGAGAAGAUCAUAAAUGGCUAAGCGAGUUCUCUGUUUUCAAGACAAGACUUGACUGUGGAAGAUAAGAAUGAUGUGUAUACCAAAGAAAUUGAGAAACAUUUUGUAGCUGGCCAGUAGUGCCUGGAGCACUUAGAAAAUGUAACUAUCUGAAGAAAGAAAAAACUGCCCACAUCUGAACAAUCAAACUGCCCAUUCGCAUCUGUGAUGUGAUGACAAUUGUCUUGCAAGGACCUUUAGCAUUAUUGUUAGAUAAAUGACUUGCCUCAUGAAAUAAAUGGCUAGUCCUGAAGAUCAUAUACCUCUUGAAUGGAACUGGCUGUGCAGGUUCCUGUGGCUAAAAUAACCAGCUAUCUCUUGGAUAUAGAAACAUUGCUGUAUGGGAAAGGGCUGGCUCUCCCAUUUGAAAUGACUGCUAGGCUGGAUCUGAGCCACAUUUUUCAUCAGCAGAACUUUCUUGGCCCCUUUUCACUGCAUCCUACUGAUCUCCAUGAAAUGCAGCUCCCUGGGAAUAGAGGAUC